AUGAGGCAAGAAGAAAUUGGAUCAUCCAAAAAACACUUUUUCCAAAAACAUGGCAUUCCUGGUGUUGUUGGGUGUGUGGAUGGAACUCACAUCCGUGUUACGAAACCUAACGACGAAGUCCUUUAUUACAACCGAAAAGGAUAUUUUAGUGUAAAUGUCAUGGUCGUCUGCGAUUAUCAGAUGAAAAUAAAAGCUGUGGAUGCAUCGAAACCUGGUUCUUGUCAUGAUUCUUUUGUGUGGCUAGUUAGCAAUGCAAAAAAUUAUUACAAGGAUUUAUAUGCUAAUGGUCGAAAUUGUUGGUUGCUUGGAGACUCUGGGUAUGGUUUGGAGCCCUAUAUCAUAACUCCUUAUAGGAAUCCUGAGUUCAAUACAGUUGAACAUCGCUUCAAUAGACGACACUGCGCUGCUCGAAAUAUUGUGGAAAGAACAAUAGGGAAUCUGAAGAGUCGUUUUAGAUGUCUACAAAUGGCUCUACCUUACACCCCUUUAAAGGUUUCACAAAUUGUUAAUGUGUGCUGCUCUUUGCACAAUAUUUGUAAGCAUUUCAAUUUGCCAAUGGAUGAAGAGGUGGUAAUUCCAUCGUCCUCAGAUGAUGACUCGGAAACUGCUGAAU